UUCUGAACAAACGUCAGUCUGACAGGCAAAAUGACCAAUGACUCCUGUCAUUAUUGUGAAAAUUGUUUAGCAAUAACAAUUCCUUAGUCACCAUCUGUUUCUUCACGCUUUGUCCUUGACAAUUAUUCGCAUUGUACUAGGAAUUAGUGUCGAUGCAAUUUUUAGUUAGAAUAUUUGAUCGUUACUCAGAGAAAGGUGUUUCAGAAUUUUUUGACGGAAGGGAAACCUUCAAAUCGUCAAGGUGAGCGAGCAAGGAAAGUGGGACUUUUUUGUUUGAUAAAUGGAGCAGUGUUAAAUCGUGAAAAUAAAGACAAUUCAUGGUACAUAUACAGAUGCAAUGGAGGAUUAUAAAUUUUUAUUCAAAGUCGUUCUUGUUGGGAAUGCCGGUGUGGGGAAGACCUGUCUCGUUCGUAGAUUCACACAGGGAUUAUUUCCUCCAGGACAGGGGGCCACGAUAGGAGUGGAUUUUAUGAUAAAAACUGUAGAAGUAGAGAAUGAAAAAGUUAAGCUUCAAAUUUGGGACACUGCAGGCCAGGAAAGAUUUCGAUCGAUAACUCAGAGUUAUUAUAGAUCAGCUCAUGCAUUAAUCCUUGUGUAUGAUAUUUCCUGUCAACCAACGUUUGACUGUUUACCUGAUUGGUUAAGAGAAAUUGCGGAAUAUGCCAGUAAUAAAGUUUUGACGAUAUUGGUUGGAAAUAAAAUUGAUAGAGAAGAUAGAGAAAUUCCAACGCACGUAGGUGAAGAUUUUGCUCAACGCCAUGGAAUGUAUUUCCUUGAAACAUCAGCGAAAGAAGCGGAAAACGUUGAGCGAUUGUUUAUGGAGAUUGCUGCGGAAUUAAUGGAGCAAGCACGAAGCAAGGAAUUACCUCGAUACGAGACGAAUGCAACGUCAAUAAAUGCAAAAACAACGUCAAUUGGUGACAGCAGCAGUUGCAGCUGCAGUCGAUUUUCCUAAGGAUCUCUAAACACUGAACGGAAAAGAAAAAUAAUUUGAUUAAUGGUGUGAUGAAAGUUUUGCAAAUACACCUGGUGGCCUGAAAAGUAUUUGUUCUCACGAGAGACAAAAUGGUAAUUUAUUCAAUAGCCACAGCAGUAAUUGCCGACUCAAUUCGGGGUUCAGAUGUGCUGAAGUAUCACAAAUUACAUCACAGAGUUACCUAUUUAAUUCACAUGGUAUUUAAUGACUCAUUCCCGUGGGUUUCGACCUCUCGAGGGUGACUGACUGCAUGUAUUUAUUUAUUGACUAAUUGUCGGAUUACAAGUAUUGACCAAAAUCCAAUGAAAAUCUUCACGAAGUAGAAGGGGAUUUUUUUAAUUGGUUCUCCUGCGUUUUGAUUACUCUAGCCUCGUUUGCUUUUCAUACAAACGUAACCACUAGAUAUCUAGCAUUAAUUUUGACAGCCGCUGGACUUUUUUUUCUGUAUUAUCAGCGAUAUACUCAACAACUUUUUUCCUUUGUGUGAAAAAAAAGCUUCAGCAAUUUAAUUUUUUGUGCUAGUUGAUCUUUCAAGACAAUUUUAAAGCGCAAAAGGUGAACGCAAUUUUGUUACGUUUGAUGAAUUAUUUUAUCACUGUUUUAAUUUUUUGUUGCUCGUAAGUCAUUUUUUGCGAAAGUGGUACAACGUAACGAUUUUACUCAUCUCACUCUAUGAAUAAUGAAAUUAUCCCAACAAUGAACCAUUCCAAAAGAAGAUAGCAAGCUAUCUAUUCCGUAGAAAUUUUUCUCAAUACAGAAAUGUUUUUCGAUAUUUCAUGAUCAUUCGAAACUUUUUUCAAGUCCGAUGAAUAAUAUUAUGGAUAAUAUUAUUUUUCAAAAUAAUAGGACCAUUAACAUCAACGUUGUAUUCGCCGCAGGAUAUUUUACAACUUUAAUGUAGAAUUAAAAGGUCUUUUGUAUAGUAAUGUUGUAAAAUUGAAAAUAAUUUAUUGCGCUCUGGUUUCAUAUUGCAGAUAACUGAGAAAAGAAAUUAUUGAAAUUUUUAAAAAUAUUUUACUUCAUUCAUCACUUUCCCGAGAGCAAAGGUAUUGAUCAAUUCAAAAAUACAAAAAUUUCGAAAUCAAUGAUUUUUUUUCUCGUGAAAAUACUGCAAUUAUCAUCUGUUGAAUUUUCGUUAGCCACUUCUAGUCGUCGCAAUUUAUUCAAAAAUUUUAUUUGAAAUUUAGUACAGAAAAAAAUGUGUAUCACAGCUGGUGCUGCGUGAUACACUCCGCAUGUUCAUUAUUUUAAAGAUAUUUAUGUGCUUCACAUUGUUUACAUAUUGUGUGAUUUUGGGGGGGUGGGAAAAAAUGAUUUUUUUUAUGUGAAAGAAAAAUUCUGCGUUGGUUGGACCCAAUCAAUGAUAAUUUAACGCGACUUGAGCGAUAAAUAUGGAGAAAAGUGAAAAUUUUUCGAAAAAUUCCCAUUAUUUUAUAAGUGAACCGGAAAAUGCAAAAUUGAGUAAUGGAUCUGACUUUGUUCGAUGGUGACUAAAACAUACAAGAGAUACAUUAAUAUUAUUACAAUAGAAUAAUCAUGGGAAUUAGCAUAUAAAUAUGAGAACUGGCUUGGAGCUAAUAUAAUCUACAAAAUUUUAUAAAUGAGGAAAGACACUAUUUCUUCUCAGCUGCCAGCCAGAUAUUUUUGGUUUACUUAUAGAAGUAUGGGAAUAUCUCAGAAAAUCCACGUUUUUCAAUAUAUAUAGCUACGUUCGUGCUGUGUUAAUUUUUAAUUGAAUAGAUAUUGUUUAGCGUUCGUGAGGGUGUGGGUGAUAAAUUAGAUAAGUAUGAGCGGGGCAGUCACGUUGGUUCGUAGUCAAUAAUUAAAAGAAAAUAUUAGAGUACAUUCGUUGAAACAUUUAACCAUGUCACUGUGCUUUCAUUACUCGUUUUCACGCAACACUGAUCAUUAAAAAGCACGUAUACAAUUGUAAUGAACUCGUGGCGAUCAGGAUGGUGCUAAUUCGUUCAGGCCCUUUAAUUAUUUUUAAUCACAACGCAAAGUAGUAAGAGACAUCUGCGAAUAUUUCACAAUGUUUUGAUUUCCCUUCCCUAAUUUUCUGCGUGAGAAAAUUAGACGAUAGAUAUAUAAUUGCAUAAAUGUAUUCACAAAUUUUUGGCACGGGAGAUAUUCGCAGGAUAAUAAUCGCAUAUAAUUUUAAAACAUCAAAAUUUUCCAACUUUUCUAUUCGAUCGACUCAUGCAUUUACUUCUGAUCCUCUGAGUCUAGACAUAAAUAAUAAAUCAGUUGAUAAAAUAAAUGAAAACAUAUCAAUUCAUCGCAUUGUAAUUUUCGACAGGCAUCUCGUUUUUUACUGUACACUUCUAAGAAAAUUUUUAUCGAAAACAAGAGAGGAAAAAUUACUCAAUCACGUGACGCUGAUUAUCUGUUAAAUUAGUUUAAUUUUGCAACCAGAGAUGAAACUUUAUGGGAUGAUGAACAUUAUGUUGAAAUUUCAGUGGAAUGUUACCAAAAAUAUCCUAAACAUUACGAAUGUAUUCAGUCACUAGCUACGCUUCAUUAUGAAUAAUGAUUUCUGUAAUAAUUGGCAUAUAAUGAGUCGCAUGCUACGAACCAGAAAACACAAUUAUUAUUAUUAAGUACCAUGAUCAUUACUAGAAUACAAUGUAUGCACUAAAUACUUCACUCAGCAAGAAAGAAAGAGAAAACAAUCAGUACUUGAGUUAUAGUUGAAUUUCGUAAAUAAAAAGAAUUGAAGGAACAACAAUAGCGAAUCAAAAUUGUUUUCGGUGAAUAUGAAGCUGAAUUCUUUACGUUUAGCAUUUUUAUGUUAAAUAAUAAUGCAAGUAUUAACUGAAAAGGCGUAUACUUAAUUAGUCAACCUGACGAACGGAAAAAUUGGUGAAGACAUUUGGUAUAAUUUAUUUUACCAAUAAAUUUUAUUUU